GUAUGGGUCAGAGCCAUAUAAAAUAUGGGUCAUCAGCGUUGCCAUGGUGAGGAAUUCGGCUUGAGUAGUGUUGACACUGCGUCAUCAGUCUGCGUGUUGUUGACCAGGCAAUCAACGUCGGUGGCUUAACAAGUGUCUUUCUCUUAAGAUUGUACAGGUGCUUGAGUGAUGUGUGAAGGACCGUCUAUGAUAUCUGGGCCUAUCCCCCCAGACCCCUCUCUGUUCCCUGAGUACUACAGGCGACCAGCCUCUGCCAGGGGUCGCCUGGAGGGGAAUGCUGAAGGGGACCCUGGCCUGCUAUCUGGACCCCUGGCUCCAGACCCUGUAAUGUACCCUGGCUUCUACAGUGCCCGUGCCCCUCGGGCCCCCCGCAUCAGCCCCAACGCCACCCACAUCCUGGAGAGGGGCCAGAAAGGUGUCGUAGGGGCCCUACUCAAACUGGAUGGGAUCUCUCUCAGCCCCAACCCCCCCAAACACAAGCAGAUGCUGCGUGACUACGGGAAGGAGAACGUGCGCCGGCUCCGAGAGAUCCAGAGGAGGUGCCGGGAACAGGAGGUCCAGAGGCAGCAGGCCCGCCCCAUGCCUGUUAAGGCCCUCUGGAGCUCCCCCAAGUACCAGGACGUCCCCUCCAGAGUCAUGGCCCAGCUGCAGCAAGAGACCAGCCCUCCUGCCAGGCCGGAGUGUCAGAACUUCCUGAAAGCCCACUCCCACUGCGGCUCUGCUGGUCGCCCCCGACCACAGCGGGCCCCUUCACCCUCACCCUCUCCAUGUCCAUCUCCUCGUCCGGCCUCACACAACAGCACCCACAGGCUGCAGUUGGAGGUGCGGGGGAGGACGGUGGACUUUGUGAGCCACAACGCCCGCGGGGCUAGGAAGACUGGGCUGCGACGCUCCCAGUCUCUGACCAGCCUCAGCAACAAGCCUGUUCCCAGCGCUGUCAAGGGACAGGUCCCUCAGUACCUGGAGGAGAGGAAGGAGCAGUGGAGGAGGGAAGCAGAGGAGAGGAGGAGGAACACCCCUGAUCCCUCUGUCCCAGCUGGCCACACCCUGAUGCCAGAGGGGGAGAGACAGGAGACGCUGCAGACCCUGAGAGACACCCACAAGACUCUGGUGGCUGAGCUGCUCUCUCUCCCGGUGAGGGCUGACACCCUGAGCACUCGCUCGCGCCGUAGCCAGUUGGACCAGCAGCUCUCGGAGGUAGAAGAGGCCAUCAAGAUCUUCUCCCGGGACAAGGUCUUCGUCAAGACCAACUCCUAACCUCCAGUGGCCAGGGGGAGAUUCUGCCAGAGGAGAGAGGACUGAGGAGAUGUCAUGAAAGACUUGAAGGAACUGUGUUAUCCCGUUAGAUAACGUUUAUUUUCAUAAUGCGCUUACAAAUGUUCAAAAAAAUAAAUAAUCUGAAUCUGAGUGAGCUUGUAAAUAGUACAGACUCAAGAGCUGUUAGAUGUGAAUUUAUUGAAUUAAGUUAUAUUUUUACCUCUUUGAGGUUAAGCAGGAUUUCUUUGUAUUUCAUACUAUUGAUACUGAAUGUAUGACACAGUUUGAUCCUCAAUAGACUCUUGGGUGACAGACAAUAUACAUUUUGUACUUUACAGUAGUCAGCUAUUCUGUAGGAAGGUUUCUGGAAUGUAUAUCAAAUCAACUUUUGUAACUGACUGGAACGUUACCCUGUAUUUUCUUAUAAAUUGUGUUUGUAAUGUCA